GGAUAAAAUAACAAUCAAUUCUUUGAUCGAGGGCGUAAAGGUACACAUAGUAAGCUACCAAUAUCAAGUUGGAAGGUGGGGCAGCAGACCCAAAAAGAAAGAAAAAGAACGAGGAUUUUGUAAAAUAUCGAGUGCUCCGCAGAAUCCUUCACAAAUUUGGAGCAUUCAAGCAGGUUUAGCUGACAGAGUGAGCUGGGUAGGCGAAGUAGCGGAGCGACGUGGGCAAGAAGAUGGAAUCAAAUACAAUAGUUUUAGCUUGGGGAGCAGGGGAGGACGGGCAGCUGGGAGUGGGGAAUACGGAGGACAGGGAUACCGUGUGCCGGAUUCAAAUUCCGGAAGUCGAAGAUGUGGGGCAGCGUGUGAUCUCCGUGGUGGCGGGCAGCCGGAACUCUCUCGCAAUUUCCCAAGAAGGACAGCUGUUUACGUGGGGAUGGAACCAACGGGGCACCCUCGGGACCAAGACCAAGACCGAGACUGACACCGAGAGCACUCCUACUCCCACUCAGGUCAAGGCUCUUGCACAUGUCAAAAUAGUUCAGGCUGCCAUAGGGGGUUGGCACUGCCUGGCGGUGGAUGACCAAGGGCGUGCCUAUGCUUGGGGUGGAAAUGAAUACGGGCAGUGCGGAGAGGAAGCAGAGAGAAAGGAGGACAACAGCAAAGUGAUAAGACGGGAUAUAUCCAUCCCCCAGCGCUGUGCUCCUCAGCUCACUGUCCGUCAGGUGGCUGCUGGAGGUACACACUCUGUAGUGCUUACACAUAAUGGACAUGUCUGGACAUGGGGUCAACCAUGGCCUCCUGGUGACAUAAAACAGAUUUCCACUCCUGUGCGGGUACAAGGUUUGGAGAAUGUGCAGCUGAUUGCAGUUGGUGCUUUUCACAAUCUUGCACUUCUAGAGGAAGGGGAAGUUUGGGCUUGGGGAAACAAUGAAUAUGGACAACUUGGGACGGGAAAUACUCAGCCAAGAUCACAGCCUGUUCCUGUUCAAGGACUUUCUGAUCUUAUAGUGGUUGACAUAGCUGCAGGAGGAUGGCAUUCCACAGCAUUAACUACUGAUGCAGAGGUGUAUGCUUGGGGCAGAGGGGAACAUGGAAGAUUAGGCUUUGGUGAUGACAAAAGCAGCAAAAUGGUGCCACAGAAGGUGAAUCUUCUUGCUGGUGAAAGCAUUGCACAGGUUUCUUGUGGGGGAACACAUUCAGUUGCACUUACAACUGAUGGCAGAUUGUUUUCUUAUGGAAGAGGUGAUCAUGGCCGUCUUGGAUAUGGUCGAAAAGUUACAACUGGGCACCCAAUGGAAGUACGAAUAGACAUAGAAUCCCCAAAGAAUACUUCAGAAAAUAAUGGCCACUGGGUUGCUAAACUUGUUGCAUGUGGAGGUCGACAUACACUUGCUAUAGCUUCAUCGAAAUCCAAUGAGGAGAUUUUUUAAUGUAUACAAAUUAUGUGAUUUAAAUGGCAUCAAAAUCCAAACUUAAGUAGACUUUAAGAACUCAGGCUAUAACAGCAUUGUAUUCUAUAACUAGUACAACUUGUUAUCAGUCACUAAGAUAUGUAUUUAGUAAUAUCUUUCACAAAAGAGAACAUUACCCUAAAAAAGAAGCUCACUUUAUGUCUA